GAUAGUUGUGUGUAUAACUUCUUCCUUCUCUCACUAUUCGUGGCACCUCUCUCUCUCUCCUCUCUCUGAGACCCACUCUUUACGUGACAACGAAACCCUAAAAGAGAAGAAAAGGGUAUUGAAUAUUUGUACCGGAAAGGCCUAAACACGUCCAAUUUGUGAAUGAAAACAAGGCAUUAUAUUAUUCACGGUAUAACCACGCUGAAGGUCAAGAAAUAUCUAUUAUCGGUUCGAUUAUUCGAUGAUUUGAAUAUUUAAGGGAUUGAAUUUAUUUAUUUGAUGUUAGUUCUCUUGGGUUUCUUUUAAUUUACUAGAUAGUAGAAGAAUUGGUUGAAUCUUGUUACAGUUUAUGGACUUUGUUUACGUGAUUGGGGGGGGUUUUGGAGGUGUGGAAUUGGAGUUUCUGGAAAUUUUAAUCAAUUGGUGAAGUGAGCAUUGAAGGAUGUGUUUAAUUUAGUGGAAUGGAAACAAAAGAAGAUGGUGAUGCACAAGAGGUGUCACCGUAUCAGGUGUUACAGCAAAUUUCCGAGGAGGCAGUUAGAGUGGCCGGCGAGAAGAUACAGAGUGUAUAUUCAGGUAGUUCAAACAUUCCACCAUUGCCGCCAGUGCAUAGACGCAGUCAAAGUGAAGUUCUAACAGCAGUACAUAGGCGUAACAAUAGUUUUCAGAGAUGGAAAUCUCAGGUGCAGAAGGCUUUGCGGUGGGGUAGCAAUUUACGGGAACCGAGUUGUUGUUCUUCUUUUAAUCCUGAGGUGUUGGCUAACCAAAAACGCCAGUGGUAUCAGUUUCACUCAAAGACCUUGGACCAUAAAAAAUAUGAAGAACCGACCUCGCUUUUUGAACACUUUGUUAUUGCGGGUCUUCAUCCAGAUGCUAAUCUUGAGGUUGUGGAGGAGGCAUUUGCAAAAAGGAAAAAGUGGGAAAUAGCAAUGGAAAAAUCCGAAAUGAUAGAUUUCAGAAUGUUGCAGUACGGGGGACCUUCAAUUCCAACAUUGGAACCACAGAUCCUUUUUAAGUAUCCUCCUAAGAAGAGGUUAGCCUUGCGUAUGAAGGAUUUAGCAGCCUUCUGUUUUCCUGGGGGUCUUAAGGCACGCGUAUUGGAGAGGACUCCGUCUUUAAGUGAUCUGAAUGAACUUGUUUAUGGACAGGAGCAUUUAGGCAGGGAUAAUUUAGCUUUUACAUUUUCACUUAAGGGGGCAGACAAUGCGACACUUUAUGGUGUUUGCUUACAUGUACAAGAAAUUGUUCAGAGAUCACCGGCUAACUUAAGUGCCUUAUCACCUCUUCCCCAAUCAUCUGGAGGAUGCAGUCGUUUUUUGGUUUCUGCACCUCGCUGUUAUUGUGUUUUAACAAGAGUUCCUUUCUUUGAAUUACACUAUGAGAUGUUGAACAGCAUCAUUGCGGCAGAGCGUCUAAAUCGGAUUACCCAGUUUGUUAGUGAAAUGACUUUUACUGAUUAUAUCCCCUCAGUACCCAAACUACACGAUCAAAUGAAUGAGAACAUUGAUUACCCAUUCAGGGAUUGUUUUACGGAUUGGACGGCUUCUGCAAUUCCCGUUGACAGUGCAGUAGCCCUUGCUGCUGCCGCUGCAGGCAUUAUACCAGGUGAUGAGGUCCGGUCCUCUUCAUCAAGGCAAGAAUCUCAGUCUCCUGAAAUUGUUACUGCAAGUGAGGCUUCAGUUCAUAUCCAACCAAAGGAAAUAUAUAAAUGUGGCAGAAAGUAUUUGCAUUAUUUUGAUGGUUAUGCAUCUGAGGCCUCAGUAAAUCGCUCUGAUAGUUUAGAAAGGAUCUGUGGAAGUUACGAAAAUGGCCAAACUACUCCGGAGAUCGGAACAUAUGCCUGGCCUAGGAGCCGUACACUGGAGCGUCUAGGAAGUUCUGAAUCCUUGUUCAGUUCAGUGAAAAGCAUUGGAUCGGAAGAUGAAGACGAUGAAAUAUUUUUAAGCCAUGAAAAAGAUGCUGGGGAUAAGAUGAUAUUAGAAUGGGCUAGGGAGAACAAAAAUGAUCUGCUACAGAUAGUUUGUGGUUAUCAUGCCAUGCCUCUUCCAGCCCGAGGAAGCAUAGUAGUUUUCCAGCCACUUGAGCAUCUUCAGGCCAUCGCGUAUAGGAGGCCUCCAGUUUCUGCUCUUGGCUUAAGUGAGAAAUAUCUAGAUCGAAAAUUGCUGGAUUCAUUAGAAGCUGCCGAGGUUAAUUUGAAGUUAGCUGGUGCCGAGGAAGCUGUUGCACUAUCAAUAUGGACAACGGCAACUAUUUGUCGAGUUCUUUGCCUUGAAAGUGUUCUGGCAUUGCUAGCGGGGGUAUUACUGGAAAAACAAGUGGUAGUAGUGUGCCCUAAUCUGGGUGUUCUAUCAGCUAUAGUGCUAUCUCUUAUUCCCCUGAUCCGUCCAUUUGAAUGGCAGAGCUUGUUACUUCCAGUUCUUCCAGGGAAGAUGAUUGAUUUUAUAGAUGCUCCUGUCCCUUUCAUCGUUGGCAUACAACAUAAACCAGCAGAUUUAAAAACAAAAGCUUCUAAUCGUGUUCAUGUUAAUGUGGUCAAAGACCAGGUGAAAAUGUGUUUGUUGCCUGCACUUCCUCGACAUAAAGAGCUUAUCUCUGAACUGGGGCCAAUCCAUGCGAGAUUGUCAUCUGAAAACUCUACUGCUAAAAAGCGUCCUGUAUAUAGGUGCAACGAAGUGCAGGCUGAAGCUGCUGCACAAUUUUUGACUGUCAUGAGGCACUACCUGGAGUCACUUUGUUCAGAUCUGAGGUCUCAUACAAUCACUAGCGUACAAUCAAACAAUGACAGGGUUUCUUUACUUUUUAAGGAUAGCUUUAUUGAUUCCUUUCCUAGGAAAGACCGGCCAUUUAUUAAGCUGUUUGUUGACACGCAGCUGUUCAGUGUUCUGUCAGACUCUCGUCUAUCGAGCUAUGAGACUGAGUGUUGAUUUAAACAUGCUGCGAGUUCAUUAUGCGGUAAAACUCCAAGACGCAAAGCAAGAAAGUUACCAGAGCAGAAACUAGGUAGCGAAGAUGAAGGAUAUGGCUGCUACCAUUGGGGCUGGUAAUGGCCUUGUACUAAUUUUGUAGAUUUAGAUGCUUUUGGGGGAUUAAUACGGGCUUUAUGCAGCACGAAAAGUUGAAAAGAUGAUUCUUGUAGCAUACAUAUGAUAUAAAAUGAUAACGGUAAUCAAUUCACAACGAUAAUCAAUCUGUUGUACUGCCUAAUGCAAAAGAUUCGUCAUCCCAAUCUUUUAGUGGGAAUGAUGCUACUUAUUAAUGAUGAGCCUCAUUUCAAACCUUUGUCAAUGUGAAUAACUCUCUCAAUAUGGCAAGCGAUUCUUUCUUUUUUAUGGAAGUAUUUUUAUCUUUGCUUUUGUUGACAGAUGCAUAUCA